AUUAUGAAUCAGUGGGAUCGGCGUUGUCGCGUUGCCACAUGUACAGUCAACAAUUGGGCGUUGGAUUUUAAAGGAAAUUAUGAAAGAAUUGUCAAAACAUGUGAGGAGGCAGCAGCACUUGGAGCCAGAAUCCGUCUGGGACCAGAACUUGAAAUCCCAGGAUACGGAUGUGCUGAUCACUUUUUCGAACUUGACACCGAACGUCACUCAUGGGAAAUGUUAAGCAAGCUUGUUGAGAAAAGCAAAAAAUGGCCCAACUUGCUCGUUGUGACUGGACUUCCAACUCGAUUCCGUGGAUUGUUGUACAAUUGUGCGGCUGCUUUGAGAAAUGGAAAACUUUUGUUUAUUCGGGCCAAAAUGGGAUUAGCAGAUGAUAAUGUAUACAGAGAGUCAAGAUGGUUUGUAAAAUGGACUGAAACAUUCAAACAUUAUCAAAUGCCGUUGAACUCAGAUAUUCAUUUCGACCAAGAAACUGUUCCAUUCGGAGACGGAAUUCUUGAAUCAUCUGAUAACGUUCGUAUUGGAUUCGAAAUUUGCGAGGAACUAUGGUCAGCUCGGUCAACCAAUGUUCGACUCGCCGAACAAGGUGUUGAUAUUAUGUGCAAUGGAUCAGGAAGUCAUCAUAUUUUGGGAAAGUCGAACUAUCGCAUCAAUCAACUCAUUCUUGGAUCUUCUGCGAAAGUAGGAGGAGUUUAUCUGUAUGCAAACCAACGAGGUUGUGAUGGAGAUCGCGUUUACUAUGAUGGUGCAUCGUCUGUUGCACAGAAUGGGGACUUACUUGCUCAAAUUCAUCAAUUCGAUAUUGAGGAUACGUCUGUGGUCAGUGCCGUAGUCGAUUUAUCAGACAACCAAUGUUUCCGACAUAUGAAGUCAAGUGAUCGAGGAAACGCCUCCGAUCAGGUUACUGUAGUUCCAAUCAGAUUCGAUGGCAAAAUGACUGGUGGAAUCAAAUACAAUGAAAAGAGCACCGCACCGAUUCAUAACGUGGAAGAUCUUCAGUUAUCACCAAUUGCCGAACUAUGUCAUGGGCCUCCAGCCUAUUUAUGGACUUACUUGCGAAGAAGUGGAAUGGCUGGAUAUUUUAUUCCCCUCUCCGGCGGUCAAGAUUCAUCAGCAGUAGCUGCGAUGGUUAGGUUAAUGUGCGAGAAAGUGUGCGGAGCAAUUAAAAGGAGACGAGAAACUGAUGGAGGAGAUGAUCCAGCAUACUACUUGGGAGGUAAAAAAGUUGGAGAGGAUCCCGCUGAAUUAUGUAAUCAGGUGUUAUUCACGUGUUACAUGGCUAGUGAACAUUCGUCGGAUGAAACGAGACAGUGUGCGGAAGGAUUGGCAAAAAAUGUGAAUAGUAGCCACUGUGGAAUUUUCAUUGAUACAAUCGUCACAUCCAUUCUGAAAGUGUUCAAUGUUGCGUAUGGAUUCAUGCCGUCUUUCCAAAGUCCGGAUAAUCGAGAAACUAUGGCACUUCAAAAUAUCCAAGCUCGUAUCAGAAUGGUACUUUCCUAUCUUUUCGCUCAACUGGCUUUGGUCUCACAUAAACGUCCUGGUGGUCUUCUUGUUUUGGGAACAGCCAAUGUUGAUGAAAGUUUGGUUGGAUAUCUGACAAAAUAUGAUUGCUCAUCAGCUGAUAUCAACCCGAUUGGCUCCGUGAGCAAACGAGAUCUGCGACAAUUUCUGGAGAUCGCGUACGAAAAGUAUGGAAUGGCUGCGCUUCGAUGUGUGAUUGAUUCGACGCCGACCGCUGAACUGAAGCCGUUGGUUGAUGGAAAAGUUGCCCAGACAGAUGAAGCUGAAAUUGGUUUGACUUAUGAUGAAUUGUCUGUGAUUGGAAGACUUCGUAAACCUGGAGGAAUGGGACCGUAUGGAAUGUUUUUGAAGUUGCUCCAGCUCUGGGGAGAUAAAUACUCAAUUGACGAGAUUGAAGAAAAAGUCAAUAAAUUCUUUUGGCGGUACCGUGUCAAUCGUCAUAAAGCAACUGUCUCAACUCCUGCUAUUCAUGCUGAAAAUUACAGUCCGGACGAUCAUCGAAACGACCAUAGACCAUUCCUCUAUCCAGAUUUCAGUUAUCAAUUUGAAAGAAUUCGCGAAAAAGUUGUUGAAUUGAAGAAAAACUCUACUUAAAUGAUAUGCAUUGAUUCUGAAGUAUUUUAAAUUUAGAAGAUUAGAUUGAAUAUUUAAAAUAUGUAUUAAAAAUAAAGACGUGUUCUUGU